AUGUACAGAUCACUGGUUCAAGUGUCCAGACUCAAGAAGCUACCAGAGCCGAAAAUCCCAGAACCUUUUCAGGCUGCUCCAGAGUCGAGCACGCUGCAGCAGCUUGUUGAUGCUCAGUACUGGGUUGAUGCGGUGAACAAGUCGGUGGACCUGCUCGCUGAUUUCAACAAAAAAGAAACGAUAGAGCCCGGCGACAUUCCAGAAAUCCUACGUAUCUGGUACCUGAGAUUUUACUCAAUGUUGAAGUUGCGUCUGGGUGUCUAUGUGAAUGAUGAGGCCCUUUCUUGUUUGGAGUUCAUUGACGCACCAGAGGCCGAAGGCCUUGACGAGGCCACUGUCUGGGAUUUGCGACUAAUGCUUAUUCCCGUCAAGGCCAAAGGUAUCAACCAAACGGCAAUUCAGCAAAUGUUCGUAAUGGCUGCAAGCGCUCGCUCCAACAUUGGCGGGAAGGACUCAUCGCUCUGGGAGCAGCGGCUCCGUAAGUUAGGACUUCAUGUUGCCGCAGCACUGAUUGGAAUGCGGGAUCCGUCUACCGCUAUUGCACACCUUGAAUCGCUCCAUGAGGGUGAGAAGCAAGUGGACCCGACUUACGCGGAUUCAUUGGCGAGGACUCUUGCCUUACUGCAUCUCCAAAUGGGCAACAUUUCUCAAGCCAAAAAAUGGACUCGUGACUCCUUUGCAGGUGAGAUUGAGGACCUUGAAACCAUAGCUUCGCUCGGUGAGUUUCCUCGUGAAUCUUCUACUGUCAAUGGCGCGAUUGCAAGGGCUUUGGCUGCAUUUCAGAAGGGUGAUAUCGAGACAGCUACUGGGUUGCUAGAGAAGAGUCUGACGGACCUCUCUUUGAAUGGUCUCUACAAUUUGUUUUUAUUGUAUGAUUUAAAUCCCAGCAAUGCACCUGAAGCCAAAUCUAAAGCUGCAAAGGCACUUGUGGGUAGUGGCAGGGCAUCACUAGGAUCCUACGAACUUUUUGCAUAG